AUGCGUUCCGCUGCUGUUGUCGCCUUUGCUGGCCUUGCUGCCGCCUCGUGGGGUCCUCAGGAACAUGGCAUGCCAGGUGGCUCGUGGGGCCCACCAGCUGCUCCUUCCAACGAGACUUCCGCCGCCCCGUCUGACGUCUGGACCACCGAGGUCGUGACCGCGUGGACCACCUACUGCCCCAAGGCGACUGAGAUCACACACGCCGGCCAGACCUACACCGCCACCGAGGCCACCACCCUCGUCAUCACCGACUGCCCUGGCGGAUGCACCAUCUCCUACCCAGCCACCUACUCGACCCCUGCGCCAGUUGAGAGCACCCCGGCUCCAGUGACCAGCGAGAAGGCCACCACCUGGGAGACCAGCGCUGCGCCCCCAGCAACCUCUGCCCCCCCGGCGCCUUACCCAGUCGGCAACACCACUGUCCCAGCUUCCACUGCUGCGCCAGUUGCGUCCACCGCCACGACUGCUUCGUCCUACCCAUCCAGCCCAGUCCCAGCGACCGGUGCUGCCGCCCAGCUCUCCGCCGGCAUGGGUGCGAUCCUCGCCAUCUUCGGCCUCGUCGCCGCUCUCUAA